UGAGCUUAGUUCUCUUUGUGAGAGUAAAUGUACUUGCCAAGACUCUGAUUUAAAUUGUGAUGAGGUUAUUUUGGAUUUGCCCAAUUUUUGCCAAGAUAAUGAGCUGUAUUCAGUGACCCUAAAUAAAUUAUCAGUUUCACCAACAAGUUCAAUUCUUCUUGAUGUGGCAAAGUUGGAUUUAGUUGAAAAAAAUACUGGAAAUUUAGAUAUGGUGGUUCACUUAACAAGCUGUAAACAAGCAUUUAGUCAACAGCAAACUAGCACAGUUUGGCAAAUGACAUCAACAAAUCUGGCCAUGAAGAAACAGUUUUUCCUUUCACAUGGGCUUGUUUCAUUGUACAAAGAUGAGCAAAGACUUCACGAUCAUCUUGAUGUCUUGGAGUUACUAAGAAUUCGUGAAAAACAACUUCGAGCUUCUUAUGUACUGAAGUAUGGCAAUAAAGUUGUAGGUCAUGGCUGGGACACAUCAAUUAGGGAAAUGGCGGUGGCUGCAAUCAAAUUAGAAACUCUUUCUUCUGCUCCAAACAGUGAAAUAAAAAUUGACAUAAGUGAAACCUCAAGAGAAUUCAGGCAAGCCACCUUUGUUUUAUACAACUGUGCCAGGCUUGCUAAAUUAUUUGCAAACUUUGAGGAGAAUGUCCAGAAAGGUGUUUAUCCAGCACUACCUCCCAUCAGUGAGGUGGAUUUUAGCCUACUACGUGAUCAUGCUGAAUGGGAGUUGACUUUACAUUUUAUAGUAGCUUUUCCAUCUGUGAUUAAGGGUGCUGUCUCUGGACUGAAAAUGUGUACAUCAAAAUCUCAAAAUGUCAUUAUUCACUCAAAUAAGAUCUGCUGUUUCCUUUACAAUUUAAGCCACAAGUUCAGUUCUUAUUACGGCCGAGUUCACAUACUUGGAGAGCCAAGACAGCAUCUCUUUCCUACAAUGUUUGCUAGAUUGUAUCUAAUGAAAGCUCUUCAGCAGAUAUUUUUGAAUUGUUUGAAGCACCUCAAUAUCAAUCCAUUAACUCAAAUGUAGGGCGGCAGAAUUUGCAUUUCAUUUUAUUAAAUAACCGUUCAAUAUGAAGGUUCACACACUUUUCAGACAAGCCA